AUGGCUUCCACCACUCCGCCAGACACGAGCGCGCACAAUCUAGCCAGCCCAGCAUCCGAACCUUCGGUCCUCAUGAAUCUCAUCCACGAUCUCGCCUGCCAAGUCUCUUCACUUCGCGACCAAGUCAAAGACGCGACCAUGCGCGCUUUGGUGACCGUGGAGCAAGCUGAGGACCAACAUCUCGCACACCCCUCACUCUAUCAGCGCGCGCACGGUGCUACGCUCGCCAACGAGCCACCUGGAAUCCAUCAGCUUUACUGGUCUCAUCGCAGCCGUGUGCGCCAGAGACAACACAAGGACGAGGUCGCUGUGGAGAAGCUUCGCGGGGAUCACAAUGAGCUGGUGAAGAAGAGCUCUACUGUGCUCGAUCAGGUCAGUGACGUUCACAAGGAGAUGCUGAAGGAGUCCAAAGCUGUUCGAGUCGAGUUGGAGCAGGUGGGCGGGAACAUUGAGAGCUUGGAAAAAAUCGUGAAUUGCAGAAUCCACGUCGUCGGUGAUGGAGAGGGCGAGUAA